GCACCAGCAGGCGAUCGGCCAUAUCGUCCACAUCUAGGGCCACCGCCUGCAGUGAGGAGUUGCCCUGGUGAUGGAAUCUAUUGGGGGCGUGGAGUUUUACAAUCAGAAAUUAGUAUGCCUCACUGCACUCGGCUGUGGUAUAAAAGGCCCCAGCAAGACUAGCCCUGGACUAGUGCAAAUAUGAAGCUUCUACUGGUGCUACUGUCGGUUUCUAUUCUUACUCUUUGCUUGGCUGAACGCCAGAGGUUCGACAACUACAGGGUUUAUAGAGUGAGCCCAACGAAGGCGAAUCAACUGCAGGGACUGCGGUCCUUGGAGGGCAAGAGCGGGGAUGCCCUGGUUUUAAACAAUCUCCAUCUUGGUCCCACUGAUUUCCUCGUGUCACCCGGCUACGAUAAAACCUUUCUGAAAAUCCUGAAGGGCUUGGACCUAUCUCCAGAACUCAUCGACGAGAAUGCCCAGACCAGUCUGUCGCUGGAUAUAGAGCCCGUGGCGGACGCCAAUCGGCGGAGUGAUGAUUACACAUGGACGGAAUACCACGAACUUAAUGACACGCAACGUUGGAUGCAGAACCUGGUGGCCAAGAACCCGGAUGUCGUUAGUGUCUUUGUGGCAGGUCGGAGUUACGAGGGACGGGAGCUGCUGGGCCUGAGAAUAAAUCACCAAGACGGCAGAGCUGGAAAGCAAUCCAUCUUCUUGGAGGCUGGAAUGCAUGCUAGGGAGUGGAUUGGUCCUGCCACCGCCACGUACUUCGCCAACGAACUGCUCACCUCCCAGCAACCGCAGAUCAUGAGCCUCGCCAGAUCUUAUGUGUGGUACAUAUUGCCCCAUGCGAACCCAGAUGGAUAUGUCUAUACCCAUAAAACGAAUCGCAUGUGGCGCAAGACCCGGAGCCCGCAGGAUAAGAACUGUAUGGGGACGGAUCCCAACAGAAACUGGGACUUCCACUGGCGCGAGGUGGGAGCCAGCUCUGAUCCCUGUUCGGAGUCAUAUGCCGGGCCCAAGGCCUUUUCCGAGCCCGAGGUGGAGAGCCUCUCCCAGUACCUAACAGCUCUGCCAGAACCCAUGUUCAUGUACCUCUCGCUGCACUCCUUCUCUCAGUUGCUCCUUUAUCCCUAUGGUCACACAUCCACACUGCCAGAAAAUCAUAAGGAUCUGGAGCGAGUAUUUAACGCAGCCGUGGGUGCAAUGAAGCGGCGCUACGGAACUCGGUAUACCGGAGGAAAUGUCUACGAUGCCAUUUAUCCGGCAGCUGGAUCCAGCAUGGAUUGGGUUUACGGAGUACUCAAUGUCAAGUACUCCUUCUGCUACGAACUACGUCCCUCGGGGUACAGUUUCUGGACCGGCUUUAGACUCCCCGCUUCCCAAAUAAUUCCCACGGGCCAGGAGACCACGGAUUCGUUAGUGGAAAUGAUCAAAGCUGCUGCUCAAAUCGAGGGUUACAAAAUUGAAUAAAAGAGAGGGGGAGAUUUUCUUAAA